GUUUAGCGGAAGUAUUUGUGUGCAUGGUAGUAGAUGGUAUUUCUAUCCAUUAUGGAAGUUAAAGUCCUUCACGAGGGCAACUUAGAGAAGUGUUCCUCUGCCGAUGAUCAUGGUAAAAAAGACUGGAAAAGGCGCUACUUCGUGUUCAAAUACUUCCCUGCUAGUAGCACUCGAUGUCUGGAAUAUUAUAAGGAUAAAAGCUGGAGAAAACAAGACCCUAAAGGAGUAUUAACACUUCAUCCUGGCUACGAAGUCGUUAAAGUACAUGAUUCGAAAAGGAAAUACGUAUUUGAUGUGAAGACUGUGGAGCAUGUCUUUAGACUUUCUGCUAAUAAUGAAGAUGAACUCAAUAAAUGGAUUCUUACUCUGGAGAGAGAAAAUAUCGUCAAGUCGUUUAUUGUGGAGCCAGUUCCUAGUGGUGUGAUGAACAGGACUGGUGCUACAGAAAAGUGUCAUCUACACAUCACUGACACAGAGGUAAGGUUGAUAUCUGCUCAAGAUGGGAACCAAUUUGUAGCAUGGCCUUUCACUUGCCUAAGAAGAUACAUGAGCUCACGGGGGAAAUUUUCCUUGGAAGCUGGACGCCGAGCUCCAACAGGGGAAGGAAACUUUGUCUUUAUCACACCUCAGCAUGAUGAAAUUUAUAAAUUGCUUGACAAUGUGAUCAAGUCUCGAGCAGGGAAUAAUGUUCCGAUUCCUAUGCCACCAAACCAACCUGCAAAAGUUCAACGGAGUGAAUCAAUGCAAAGUACACUAAGUAUACAAAGUGUUGCAAGUACAGCAGUUCCUGAAGAGGAUGGUUAUGACCAUCUUAUGUGCUCGCCAUUAGCAGGCUUCAAGCCUGUCCACCCAGUGCAUCCAAAUUAUGAUCAAAAUAUUAUUCAUUCUCCUCAAAAAACUGAGAAUCAAAAAAGCAAUAACUAUGAAGCUCCUUAUGGUCACAUGAAAAAUCGAGAGUCACUAGCUUCAAUGAGAGGGCAGAUGAGUUUUGAUGCGAAAGCAAGUGAGUAUAACACUUUAGAUCCUGAAAAAAUGACAAGCAAAAUCCCAAGUAGCACAGGAAAAGGAAAUGAUAUACUUGAACCUUCAAGACCACAAAAACCUCCACCUCCUCUUCCAGCAAAUUUUGAUCGAAAUACUAUGACUGAACAUCAAAAUGAUGGUGUUCAUUCUCCAUCAAGCCAAAUGUAUGAUAACAACCAAUCUCCUGUGUCACAAGACACUAACACAUAUGACAGUCUUGAUCAUGGAACUUCUGUACCGAAGCAAGGAAUUCCUGCUUGUAUAAGCUUAACAAAUGCUUUCCACAAUAUGCGUAAUAGUAUGGAAACUGAGGAUACAUACAAUGUUUUGUCCUAUCCUGGAUCCUCUGUCAGCAGUCCUGAAGUUAAAAAUCAACCUGUCCAAGGAGAUGGAGGCCAAAAUGCUGAUGAACACAGAUCAAAUAUUUCCCAACACACUUCCUUUCGUCAAUCAAUGUUGCAACCUUUAGUUCCUCCAAGAAAAAAUGAAGUAUCAGGUCAAGCUAUUCCUGUUCCUCCACCAAGGGUGCCUCGUAAUGACCGCACUUCUCAAGGUGUUGACAGGAGCUCUGUAUCCAGUGUCUCUAGCAUGGGGUCUAGUUUCUGUCCUCUUGAUAUGUCUGGUAGUUACAGAGACAGUCAGUUAAGUAUGUCUGCAGAUCAGGAUUUUUAUUCAAGUAUUGGUGAAAAGAGUUCACCACCAAAAAGUCAGCCAGCUUCUGCCUACAGAGGUAGCAGAAUGGGACCAGACUCUCCUACAGAACCCAAGCAGAUUGCUCCAAAGCCAAGAAAAACUGGGACACAAGCAAACAAGACACAUGAAAAUCUUGUAUCUAACCUUAAGGCAACUCUUUUGGCUGAUGGUUUGAACUUAAGUAAAAUACUGCCAAGCAAAAUCGCCCAGAGAAGAUCUUCUGCUGAUGCUAUUCCAGAAAAUGAUACCUAUGCAGAGGUGGAUGAUGGUGACUCUAAAGGAAGUUAUAAAACAAGGAUUGCUCGGUCCCCCUCAGCACCAAUGAAUCCCAUAGAAGACAUCUAUGAAGACCCAGAAAAGUCUUCUUAUAGAUAGCCAGCACACAGCCAUCUUAGAAGUGACUUUACUUUCUUCUGAUGGUUGUAGCUUAGCAACUGGUCUUUAAUUAGAGAGGUAGGAGGGGGGAGGGGCACUAAUUUUCAUGAGGGUAACAAAAUAGGUAAGAGACAAACAGCAAAAAUAGUAUGUGGGAGAAGGGAGGGUUAAGCAAAAACGGUGCAUCACACCAGGGGGGGGGGGGAAUCUCUAAGCAUGAUUAAACUCGUGUUGCAACACCUCUUCCCCUUUAUAUAAUGAACAAGCUUCAUCAAACGUAAGCAGCGGUCACACUGGGCAACAUUACAUACAACAAAUCGAGGGUGGCAAAACAAAAUCACGCAACGUUGUUCUAAUAUGGCGUUAUCCUUCGAUAACCACGCCUGCUAUACUAGGUUUGGACAGCAGUUUUCGUUUUAGUGCAACCUGAUUGGCUUUAAAUGUUGCAAGCGAAAUUGCAGCCAUGUUCACACGAUGACAUUUCAAUUCGUGUAAUGCUGUGCGCAGGGAAUUGCUGUACCGUGCGUCCGAACCAAUAGUUAAGACGAAGGUGUUAUACCAGGGGGAAAAAUUUUGACCCCUCUGUAAAAACUAUAAAAUCCUUUUCUAAAGGCAUAGGAGAUUUAGCUUUUCAUACAAGAGGAAUAACUCUUGUAAUGAUUUUAUUUUUGUAUCAAAUUUUCAGAGAACUAAUUAGUAGAAAAAAAUGCAUUUUCUCAUUCUUAGGUUAGAUGUGGAAUGACAUUGAAAAUGCGCGCGGAAAAAUUAUAUGAAGUUGAAUAAAAUAUGCGAAAAAAAGGAAUAAAUUAGAGGAAAGAUAUACAUAUAUACAAAGUACUUUGUUAGAAGUCAAAAUUUUAUGGGAAAAGUUCGAAUUUUUCAGUAAACAAAAAAAAAUUUUUUUUCCGACAAGUCACUUUAAAAGUGACGAAUUUUAGUAUGAAAUAGAACUAGAAUGUUUGAAUAUAGAAUUUUAUUCAAAAUUUAGAUUUUAGGAAUUUUAUGUGUAUAUACGAAAUUAGAAAUUAUUAGUGUGAACGUACCUAAACUAGGUUCGCAAAGGCUGAUGGGAACUAUUGGGGCUCCCAAAAUUUAGUUCUUAGGUAGCCAAGUUUGACGCGCUGUCACGCUAAAUACAACUAUUUUUGAUAUAGGAUUUAUUGUGUGUUUUGAAGUCGAAGGCGCGGUUACCACUGUGAACGCAUUUUUUGUAAGUUCCACUUUGUAACCGCGCCUUUCACUCGCAAUUCGUACGCAUUUUAUCAAAAUGUAAAUUAAAUUUGAUCAUUUUUAAUCCAAAAACGAAUUUUAUAUCUCAAAUUGAAAUUGAAAGGAUAAGUGAGAAUUUAAAGGCCCCUUUACACGGCAGACUUUUGAUGGGCUUAGCUUGCUCUUUUGUGACGAUUUUAGUGGAGUCGUCUGAAAAUCAUCGCUAGUUUUACAGGCACAUUGUGGACUUAGAGCAAAAAACGAUGCUCAAAUCGCCGCUAACGUCAUAUCAAAAGUCGCUUCUGUUAAAUGGCCGUAUAGCAAUAUCGAGGAAGGCAUGGAUUGAUGGUAGAACGGAAGUGGUCCAUUCACCAAGUAUGGUUCGAUUUCUUUCUUUCAAAUAAUCUUAGUACAUCUCCACACCAAUGCUUUUGUUAACUCUUUCUAGGGCUACAUUUUAAAGUGACUUUGAAUAACAUGAUGUAAAAGCUCUACACACUCGACAAUAAAUACGAUGUUUUUACUU